ACACGAACCUAACCCGACACAAAUACAGUGAAACCAUAGGACACUUAUCGCGUUAACUAAUUCGUUUAGUGCUCAACGAAUAUCAAAUUUCACUUGUUUCAAUUCAAUCGAAAUAAAAUGAAAACACAUGUAUGAUUUUUAAGUGUUACAAAAGAAAGUUUGAACGAUGUGCGGAUUUGUUUUUAUCACAUGGACUUUAUAGUUUUUUAUUAUGAAAAUCGGUAAUUUAAUUAUAUUUGUAUGAAUAAUCGCGUAGUGACGAUGCAUGAAAGCUACUAAAAAUAGCUGGGGUUCGCGCGCUCGGAUCGCCCGCAGCCGGCGCUCGUUUACUCAACACACACUAUUUCUGUCUAUAGAAUAUCAAUUGAAUACGGAAAACCAAAUGGAAUACUGUUCAGACGAUGAAAAAAGUGCGGAAAAAACGCGUAGUUGCUAAGCGACUGUAGUUGUAUAUGUAAAUACAUAACGUGUGCUUUUAGUGCUUCCUACGAGAUCAUUUUUGCCGAAAAGAAUGGCGCUUGUAAUGCUACCUUGUGACCUUCCAUGGUGGACAUCAGUCCAACGACACCUGAAGCAUCUCCUAGUUGCCUCUUCAUCUGCUAAGUUAACUGCCAGUAUGCUAAAAAUCCACGACAUGUGCAACAUUGGCAUCGACCCAGAUGACGACAUUAAGGACCCCGAUCUAUUGAAAGGGUUAGAACAGUUCUUAGAAGAGGAGCUAAGCGAUGAAGAGCGUAGAGUUUUUUUAGAUAACACAAUACGAAUUAUGGUCAAUAGAGCUUUACAUCUGAAAAAAUGGCGACCGCCAAAAGGACUUAUGUUUAGUCUUCAACAGCAGAGUGAGUCAAAUGAGCUCGAUUAUAACUUCCUAUCUUCGCUUAUUGCCCACGCGUUCUUCUCAACAUUUCCGAAGAGGACUCUUAAAACACACCCGACUCUGCAAGAUUUUAAUUUUACACAUUUUUUUAGGAAUUUACAUAGAAAGAGUCAACGAAGUAAAUUAAAAAGCCUGUUGUACUACUACGAGUGGCUUGAUAGAAAUAAUAAUGAAGGACAAAUAAAAUUAAGCAGACAAGUGAUGACCUCAAAACAAUGGUUAACAAUAGAAGACUGGUUAGAAUGUACUCUUCCUUUAUGUAAAUUAAUGGUGAGACAUGAGGGUAGACCUGAGAGAUGUGAAAAUGAAGAGGCAAUGAGGCUAUGUUUUGCAACCAGAAGAAUUGGUGGAGAUGUCCUUAUUGACGGAGAAUCGCAGGAAUCAUUGACAAUGUUUAUGAUGCCAGAAUUAUUACCUGCGAUGCUGUCAGUCGAAUCUCUAGAAGACAACGAAGUAUUAAAAGUUGAAGGAGUUAGAAUGUUUAGUAGAAUCAGUGAAAAGAAAUCUAAAUAUAACUUAGAACUACUCGAAGAGCCAAAAACGGUUACAGUUUGCUUAAUGGACGCAGAAGAUUAUAGCAGUCUUCCAAUAGGACAAUGGGAAGAAGAUAAUAUUUUGAGGGAACUCAACAAAAGUCUUCUUGCAUUUCAACAAGCUCCGCCAAAAAGUCGUGAAAACUACAAGAAUGAAAGAAGAUUAUCACCCAUUGGCGAAUCUCUCAGCCAAACUCCGUCAGAAGUUGAAGCAACAGUUAUGAUAAAACAGGCGUCUUCUUGCAGUACAAUCAAUAGUCUGAAUAGCAGAAGUCCAUCGCCUCAGAACUAUUGCGCUGCUACGCUAAAUCUGAAUGACCCAAGUGUUGAAUUACAAAAGCGCAAAUGCUGGCUUUCACCUGAUGGUGGAACGUUAAAUAACCGUCGAGGAAGAUUUAUAGUUCUAGGUUCUUCUGGAGAAUGCCUACCAGUAACAAGAAACUCAGGCCUAUCGACCGCUGAGACACAAGAAGAUAGUUUAUAUUCAAGCUGCAACUCCAGCGAUGAUGAAUAUCACAGUGCUAACAACAGUUUUGACGAUGCGGGAAGUGAAGAUGAAGGCAGAGGUGAGAGUGGACGGCCAAAUUCAUUCCAGUAUUCUAAAGAGUUGUCAACGGAAGAGAGACGAUUAAGCUUUGCCGAUCGACUCCGUGAUGCUUUGAGAAGGGAAGCAGAAAACUCUUGUACUACAAGCAGUACCGGUGACUGGUCGACGGAUAGCUCUAGUUACGCUGUCGGCGUAAGUAUAUCGGGAGCUGAAGUCCACGACAACGAUAUAAGGGUUAAGCGGGGAGGAUCUGUUGGAUUUGUUUUAACUGAAGACGAAAUAUACGAAAAUGGAAACAAACCUCCAAGAAGGCUACUUUCAAGAAAAGAAACCGGAAACAGUUCAAAAUACAGCUUCAGCACAGAAUACACUUCUGAGUUAGAAGAAGUUUACGAACAAUUCAAUAAUUGGUUAAAUGACCCUAUUGUUGAUAAUGAGUCAGGAGACAACAAAAACCGGGAACUUGAUUCCAGAGAUUUGGCUGUAAUAAGAUUUGCAGGAUCGCUAUUGAAAAGGACGCUAAGUGAAUCAAUGGCUAGCGGCGCGACCGGAGUUGGGUCGACAGAAGCGGAAGCAGCAGAAUUAUAUGGACGGGAUUCGAGGGAGAGAGUAGCCCCUCGACGUUUGGCCUUAGCGGCAAGGUCUUUGUCGCUUGAACUAGCAAGGCACCGACAUCGACUGGCUGCGCAUUUGAGAGAUAAAGUUAAAGAAUCUAUACCGGAAGAGAUAGUUCGACAAUCAGAGAGUCCAAUUUUGAAGACCGAUUCAAAUAGUUUCUGCUCCAGUUCGGCUUCCAGUUGCACAACGCAGUUAUCCAAUGAUAGAAAACAAUUUAAUGAUCGAAAGAAAAAGCUAAAUUGGGUUGUAAAUAUGAUCGUAGAGACGAUUGAGGAGACGGUCGUUUGUGAACCAGUUACGAUUAAAAUAAAGAAACCUAAGCUGAACGAGUUAGCGAACAAAAUAGUAGCGGGAGGGACUACCAAAGCCGUGGCGACGGGCAACUGGGGCUGCGGUCAUCGUCUGCGAGGGCAUCCGCAGCUCAAAUUGUUGCUCCAGUGGAUGUCUGCGAGCGUUGCCGGAGUGCCAGCUCUCUUCUACUAUACUUUCGGGAAUGAAAAAUUGUUUAAGUUGGACACACUUGUGAGGGUGUUAGUGGACAGAAAAUGGACAGUCGGACAGCUGGCGAAAGCGGUCCUCAAGUACGCACGACAAUACCUUCACGAACCCAAUGUCAUACCAGAGAAUCACUCACUUUUCGACGAGUUGAUCGGCAUUGAGAAAAUACCAGAUGAUUAAUUAUAGAUAACUAAAUUCCGAAGUUAGGUAUUCUGAAAAUAGAAUUGUUAACACGUUGAAUGACAUAACUCGUUAAAAAGGUUUCUAGGCUUUGCCCUGCUACAAAUAAGCCAACCGAAACAACCCAAUUAUAAGAAAAAAAAACGUCUAGAGGUAGCAAUUUCAGUCGUUGAUAUGAAGAUUUUUAUGAUUUUGAGUGGUUUGUCAUUUAUAUAAUGUAUUUUCUGCUAAUGUUUGAGUACAGUUUUAGAUUUUAUACACUGAACGCAGAUGGCAAAUAAAAUUUGUUGCAAAAAUUGCUAGUGCUAAAGUUAUCUGGUUCAUUGCGCAUAAACGGCCGUUUAUGCACCGUUAUUUUGAGUAGCUUACAAUUUCAAAAAACUAGGAAUGCGACCGAACAAACAACCCAACCUUCGGUAGCGCGAGCUCAAAUAUACUAAAGUAAUAUGAAUAAAUACUUUUUGCAAGGUCCUAGCUUAAAAUCUGUGACUGCAAAAUAUAUAAAAAUGACACAUGACAUUGACGGAUUGAGUUCACUUAAUUUUGUUCCUACCUGCGUCCUGCUGUAAUAAUUUUAAAUUUUCAUUCGAACAGUACAAUGCUUACGCAGGUAAAAUAUGACUUUAAAAUCGCUUUAAUUUUAUUAUUUUACGCCGCCAAAGAUUAUUAAGAAUUUAUUUGGCUAACAAAAUCUAUACGGUCUACGUCUCGAUCGUUAAUUUAAUCAAUAAUGUCAAAUGUGUUAAAGAUGAUUUUUCAUUGAUCCUCAUUUACUUAAUUCAUAAUGUGUAUUGAAAUGUUCAAAUUGUUUUUUCAUUAGGUAAAUUAUUAUUUGCCAUUUUGUAUGGUAAUCUCAAUGCUCAAUUAAAGCAACCAAACUUCGAUGCAUUUACGAGUUUUUAUACAAAUAUUAUAUUUAUAUGGUACCUCGGAUUUAAGGGUCAAUACGGGGUGCGUAGAUAAAUUAUAUAUUUUUAACUUGGUUAACUCAAUUCAUACUGAUAUUUUGAUAAUAAUAAUUCUAUUAUAAGCAACGAGAUACUAAUCUAUACCUAAAUAAAACUUAAGUCUUAUGAAAUCUCAAUCAUCAUUCAAUAUUACUCUAGAUUUACUAUGCACCUCGUUUUAAUGUAGAUAACAACCUUAAAAAUAAACAUUAUAAAUAUGAUGACUGGCCAUGGCUUUGUUAAUGCAAAGCGUCGUAAACAUUUUGUUUAGCAACAAAGUUGAAUCAACGUGUUGCGGAGUUGCUGUCAUGUUGCGAAUGUUUACAGAAAUCAUCUGUAAUUAUUAAUAAAUGUUGCCGUGUUUGCAUCCAGUUUAUAAAUAUAGAAAUGUCGAACAAUCAUAAGAUCAUGUAAUAAAUAAAACUACAUCAAUAAUAAGAUUUAUUAUGGGAUUAUUCAAGCAAGGAAUAUAAGCAUAAAAACAAAAGAACGAUGCAUUUUCAAGCUCCAAAUAUACUUACAACAAAACAAAUAAUAAAUCUAAUCUUAUGCAUCAGAUACAGAGAAAAUAUAUAAUUUACUUCCUCGGGCAACAUUUUAACGCAAUUGACCAAAACUGGCGUGUCGACAAGCUAUUUUGAUUUAAGCAAAGUUUCUAGAAACAUUCCCGCCGUACAUCGACUAUUGCUAAACAAAUGUGUAAAGAAUACAGGCUUUAAUUUAUGAGAUAUUCACAGAAAGCAAUAUUAUCUCUGUUAUAAAAAUCGAGGAUUUGUCACAGAACAUAUUUUGUAGUAAUAUUCUUUGUUUUACGUUUGAUUACAUGGCAACAUUGAAUAUAAUAAUAACCAUCAUUAGUUAUCUUUUAAUAAGGAAUGUAAAACAUUUUACAGUAACAUUAAUUUGUACAUUUAAAUAGUAUCUACGAAUAAAUCCGUGCACGUUACCAUGACAACCUCAAGGAACGCGACUUCCCGAACUUGUUUCUCAACUUGGCCUGGAGUACAUUUAACACAUUUAGGCCAAGGGUGUUAUUACGUCACCUUGCACUGGUCUCAAGCUAUGGUGCACGAUAAAUAAAAUAAUACUUAUGUUGUUCUUAAAAUUGUACUGUAAAUAACGUUGAUAUUGAUACAAUUUAUACGUGAAUAAAUCUUAGUGGAACUCUCAUCCCUGUUUACUUAUGUAAGUAACUCUGUGUGUGUACAUUUAGGUCAGAUUGAGAUUAUAAUCAUUAACACAUGUUACAAUAUGUGUGACAAUGCAGGCAAUUAAUAUGUGCACAGAUUCUAUAAAGAGGUCUUCCAGUCUCAAUGUGUCCAAAGUUUAACAACCACUUUAUGUAACCAUUUUUAAAUAACGAUGCGAAAUAAAUAAUACGUGCGUCA